GCUGAGGAAGCGUGGAUUUCAUAUUACAGCCUAAAACCCCCGUGAAACUGCUCAAAAAUCCUUCCUGCAGCUGCCAGGCAACAGCGAAAGGAGAGGAAAACCCUGCUCUGUCCCCACACACCCGGAGCUCCAGGUUCGGGCUCUGCUGCUUCACAGUGCAGCUCAGUGUUAUCACUAGAAAUAUGGAUACUGAGAAGAGAACACAGCACUGCAUUGUCCAGCCAGGAAAACAGCAGAUGUAAAAAGCUUCAAUGCAUCAACUGUCGGAAAGAGUCAACAGUGCUCCAAAUAGAACGGCCAGCUCCGGCUCUUUUGUUUAACAAAGGAGAGAGAAAAUGAAAGAAAGGGAAAAUCUCAGAAGACGCGGACCCAUAUGAACCAGGAGGAUAACUGGAAGACACACAGACAGAUGGACACUGGACACUGGAAAGCGACCGUGGCUGGGGGAUGUGCGCAUGUUCCAUAGCAUCUUUCUGCCAAAAGUGUGUUCAGUGGCAUAAUCCUCUCCACACUAACGGCCUGACCAAGGAAGGUGCAUCUUCUCAUUGACUUCCUCAGCACAGUGGGGGCCAAUGGAAGCAUGCCCAGCAGUGUACUGUGACUAACAGAACUCUGCUAUAAUCAACCUUGCACCGUCUGUCCCAUGACUGUUACAUGACCAUUUUACAAAAAAGGCCGCUGACAGAGCACCACACCAUCAAUGAAUGACUGCCAGGGACACGUGGCUGAACUGAAAACAGAUGACAAAGAGCAGCACUGACUCAGGAGAAAAGCAGUAUUUGGGGCCACCGAUACCUCACACACCAUUACUGGGUUAUUUACAACAUGCUUCAGUGGAGAAGACGGCACUGCUGCUUUGCAAAGAUGACCUGGAAUGCUAAGAGGUCUCUGUUCCGAACCCAUCUUAUCGGGGUACUUUCCCUGGUGUUUCUUUUUGCUAUGUUUUUGUUUUUCAGCCAUCAUGACUGGCUGCCAGGGAGAGCUGGAUUCAAAGAAAAUCCUGUGACAUACAGUUUUCGAGGAUUUCGUUCCACAAAGAGUGAGACAAACCACAGCUCUCUUCGAAACAUUUGGAAAGAAACAGUCCCUCAGACUCUGAGACCCCAAACUGUAACUAACUCCAAUGACACAGACCAGACACCACAAGGAGUUACAGGACUGGAGAACACACUCAGUGCCAAUGGGAGUAUUUACACUGAAAAGGGCACUAGGCAUCCAAAUGCUUAUCACUUCAAAUAUAUCAUCAAUGAGCCUGAAAAAUGCCGGGACAAAAGUCCUUUCCUAAUACUGCUAAUAGCUGCAGAGCCUGGACAAAUAGAAGCUAGAAGAGCGAUUCGGCACACUUGGGGAAAUGAAAGUCUAGCACCUGGUAUCCAAAUAACACGCAUUUUUUUGUUGGGCCUAAGCAUUAAGCUAAACGACUACGUUCAACAUGCAAUAUUGGAAGAAAGCAGACAGUAUCAUGAUAUAAUUCAACAGGAAUACUUAGACACAUACUACAACUUGACUAUUAAAACAUUAAUGGGCAUGAACUGGGUUGCAACAUACUGUCCACAUAUUCCUUAUGUCAUGAAAACUGACAGUGACAUGUUUGUCAACACUGAAUACUUGAUCCACAAGUUGCUGAAGCCAGACCUGCCUCCACGGCACAACUACUUCACUGGGUACCUCAUGAGAGGCUAUGCGCCCAACCGAAACAAAGACAGCAAGUGGUACAUGCCACCAGACCUCUACCCAAGUGAGCGCUAUCCUGUCUUCUGUUCCGGAACUGGUUAUGUUUUUUCUGGAGAUCUAGCAGAAAAGAUAUUUAAAGUUUCUUUAGGUAUCCGUCGUUUGCAUCUGGAAGACGUGUAUGUAGGGAUCUGUCUGGCUAAGUUAAGAAUUGAUCCUGUGCCCCCGCCCAAUGAGUUUGUGUUCAAUCACUGGCGAGUUUCUUAUUCAAGCUGUAAAUACAGCCACCUAAUUACCUCUCAUCAGUUCCAGCCUAGUGAACUGAUAAAAUACUGGAAUCAUUUACAACAAAAUAAGCACAAUGCCUGUGCCAAUGCAGCAAAGGAGAAAGCAGGCAGGUAUCGUCACCGUAAAUUACACUAAAAAAGAAGAUUGUUGGCUCUAGUGUACAAUCUGUAAAUAGUGUUAAAAAGCAUGUAUAGUAAAAAAAAAAAAUCGUUGACAUCUAUAGGACAAGUUUUAGUUAACAUUUCACCACAUAAAAGAAUGAUUUUAUUUCUGAAGGUAAUUCUUAAUACUGCAAUGUUAUAUGAUUUUUUAAGUACCCCAAAAGAAUCUAUUUUAAAAAAUGUAUAAGGGGAUUAUGUGUAUUAACAUGCAAUAACAAGCAUGCAUCAUACAUCAAUGGGUCAAGUCUUAUAUUGGGGCCAAUAAAAUGUAUCUGCAUACAUUUUCCAUAAAAGUUUUCAUUUAAAAAAAUGAAAAGUCAAAAGACUUCAUUUUAGAUUUGACUUCUCAUCUGAAUAUAAAAAAUAAAUGUAAAUAAAACACUAUUAUCAAUUUUAAGGAAACUUUGUAAUUGUGUAAAGGACAAAUUUUCAGACCUAUACUAGAGUUCUAAAGACUAUAUUCAUGAAUUAAGAUUUAGUUGAGUUAUUCCAAAAACUCAUUCAGAAAGUUCAGAUGUUUUAUCAAUGCAGUUCUCAUCUAAGGAUUUACUUUUUUAAAGUAAUUGAGAUGCUCAAUUUAAUAUACAUUUUGGGACAGUUAUUUUGACAUAACAUGAUUAAAUGUGAAAAAGUCUCAGGCUCAAAUUUUUAUUUUGAAAAGUUAUUAAAUGCUUCAAAACAGAUAGAUUUUCUCUGAUUGGUACUAAGAGUAAUUCAAUGUUAGUAAUUCAAUGUUAUUUGAUUAGAUUGAAUGCUGCACUCUUCAAGUAUACCACUAUUUAACUUCAACUCCACCUGAUUUCACGUAUGUUUGUAAAACCCAAUCAUGUUCCUCAAAUAGGAGAACAUAAUCACUUAAAAGGCACCAAGAAGAUGCACUGUUGAAGAAAGAAUGCAGUAGCAGUUUCAUGCAAUACAUUUUGACACAUCUAAUAAACUGCAACAUGCAGGAAAGCUUCUUCACUGGCAACAGGUGUGCACGAGCCGUACUUAUUUUAUGGCACCUAUUUCUGAGUCCCAAGUUUACAAGCCUACAUUUGGUAGAUGACAAAUAUUCUACAUCACCAAUUAAAAACUUCCAGGGAAGGUUAGGGAUAAGAGUUAAAAAUGUUUGAUGAGCACUUGAUUCUUGGAAGAGCAAUGUAUACAAUGCACUUUUAUCAAGUUUUUAAUAAAAAGGUUAAACAGAAGAGCCUUCAUUGAGUGUCAUGAUACAAAUACUUUCACAAUUUGUUUGGCUGCAUUAUGAAUUUUACAAUCAAGACAUACUAACCCAUUAACUUUAAAAAAGUAUUUUUAUCCCCCAUAAGGACAUAUAUUUCUCAAACUUAAGUCAGGAUGUUUCUUAUCUAAAUUCUAGUAACAAUCAUUUUUAUCCUUGAUUGCAUUAUGAAA